AUGUCAUUACCAGCAGAGGUAUUAAGUAGUGGCUGGAUCUCUUUCUCAGAAUUGACAGACAUAAAGCCAAUUCAAGACUCUACUGUUCAAAAUCUCUAUCAUGCUACACACAAACGAGUACGAGAUGACCAUACAAUGCAACUACGCCGUCGCCGAGCAAUAAAAGACGAUGGAGAUCUCUGA